CCCAGGCCUCAUUGUUCCCGAUUUCCAGCAAUGGCCGCCAUUACCUGACCAGCACCACGGCCAGUUUCUCUGUGGCGCCAGAGAAGUCACCGGAGGGGUUUCUCUGCUUUUUACAGGACAGGGUUUUCACCUGUGGUCUCCUGUGGUCUCCUGUCCCAGAGGAAUGUCCCGGCGGCAGAACUGACUGCCGCAGCCUUCUCUCUCAGGAUGCCGCAGGCCCGGGCCCAAGAGGGCAAAAUGUGUCUUGGAGUCCUGCUGACUCUUCUGCUCUGUUCAAGCCUUGAGGGUCAGGAAAACACUUUCACCAUCAACAGCAUCCAAAUGGAUAUCCUGCCGCAGAAUGAGGUGCAAAAUGGGGAGAACCUGACCCUGCAGUGCAAUGUGGAUGUCAGCACCACCUACCAUGUCAAGUCUCAGCAUCACAUGCUGUUCUAUAAGAAUGAUGUGCUUUUUUACAACAUCUCCACCAUGAAGAACGCAGAGAGUUUUUCUGUUCCCCAAGCCCGAGCCUAUGACUCAGGGACCUACAAAUGCACUGUGAUUCUGAACAACAAGGAGAAGACCUCUGCAGAGAACUCGGUGUUCGUGAGAGGAGUGCCAAGUCCUCAAGUGACCCUGGACAAGAAGGAGGCCAUAGAAGGCGGGCUCGUGAAGGUCAAUUGCUCUGUCCCUGAGGAAAGGCCUCCCAUCCAUUUCGCCAUUGAAAAAUUUAAGCUUGAUGUCAAAGAAGCCAAGCAAAGAAGAGAAAAGACUUCUCGGAACCAAAAUUUUGUGAUGAUGGAAUUCGCAGUGGAAGAACAGGACCACAUUAUCUUUUUCCACUGUCAAGCUAGCAUCUUUUCUGGGACCCACGUGGAGUCCUCGCAGACUGUCAGGAGUGAAAUGGUCACUGUGAGGGAAUCCUUCACUACUCCCAGGUUCCAGAUCAGACCCAUGGGGCUGAUCACGGAGGGAGAUCAGCUCCAGAUUAAGUGCACCAUCCAGGUCACACACCUGACCCAGGCGAAUCCAGAGAUCUUAAUCCAGAAGGACAAGACGAUCGUGGCCCACAGCAAGCAAGGCAACGAAGCCGUCUACUCCGUGAUGGCCAUGGUGGAGCACAGUGGCCAUUACAAGUGCAAGGUCGAAACCAGCCGCAUAUCCAAGGUCAGCAGCAUCGUGGUCAACAUAACAGAGCUAUUUUCCAAGCCCAAGCUGGAAUUUACCUCCACAAGGCUGGACCAAGGUGAAAUCUUGAGUUUGUGGUGCUCUGUGCCAGGAGAGCCAACUUCAGCCAACUUCUCCAUACAAAAGGGAGAAAUGAUUGUGUCCCAGACUCAAAAUUUCACAAAGAUAGCCUCAGCGUCGGACAGCGGGCCAUACACCUGCCUAGCAGGCAUAGGCAAGGUGGUCAAGAAGAGCAACACGGUCAACAUCACUGUGUGUGAAAUGCUCUCCAGGCCCAGGAUUUUUCAUGACUCCAGGUCCGAGGUGAUUAAAGGACAAACCAUUGAAGUCAGUUGUCAAUCCGUAAAUGGAAGCUCGCCUAUUUUUUAUUAUCUUUUGAAAUCAAGUAACAUCUUGGACAGGCGAGACCAGAACUCAAACGACCCCGCAGUGUUCAGAGAUAACCCAACAAAAGACGCCGAGUACCAGUGUUCGGCAGACAAUUGCCAUUCCCACACAGAGAUGGUCAGCCACGUUCUUAGGGUCAAGGUCAUAGCCCCGGUGGAUGAGGUCACGCUCGCUCUCCUGUUUGAUGACGUGGUGGAGUCUGGGAAGACUAUUGCACUUCAGUGCUCUGUGAAUGAAGCGUCUGGUCCAAUCACCUACAGGUUUUACAGAGAAGAGGAGGGCAGGCCCUUCUUUGAAACCUUCUUGAAUGACACCCAGGCCAUUUGGCACAAGCCAGAGGCUAGCAAGGAGCACGAGGGACAGUAUUACUGCACAGCCUUCAACCGAGCCAACCGGGCCAAGAAUGUCCCCCAGAGCAACAUCCUAACUGUCAGAGUCUUUUUUGCCCCCUGGAAGAAAGCUCUCAUCGCAGUAUUUGUCAUUGGUGUGAUCGUUGCCGCCUUGAUACUUGGGGCCAGGUACUAUGUCCUGAAGAAAGGCAAAGCCAAGCAGAUGCCAGUGGAGAUGUCCAGGCCAGCAGCGCCACUUCUGAGCUCCAAUAAUGAGAAGAUGUCAGAUCCCAACAUCGAAGCCAACAGACAUUAUGGUUACAAUGAAGAUGUUGCAAACCAUGCAAGGAAACCAAUAAAUGACAACAAAGAGCCUCUGACCUUGGACGUGGAGUACACAGAAGUGGAAGUGACCUCCCCAGAGCCUCACCGAGGUCUGGAGACGAAGGGCACGGAGACCGUGUACAGCGAAAUCCGGAAAACUGACCCUGAUUUCAUGGAGAACAGAUAUUCUAGAACGGAAGGCUCCCUUGAUGGAACUUAGGACUUCGAGGACAGAGGCUCGUCCCUGGGAGGACAGGCACGUUCCAAGAGGAGGAGAUGAUUCCCAUAUUCCAAGAACUCUGUGCGCUUAUUUAUGAGCCUGCCCCACUCCCACUGAACAUAGUGAUUCCUCAGGCCAAGCCACCAGUUCCUAAAUCCCUCCUCCCGCACGUGCGGGCUGCAGGAGAAACCAAGGAGCUGGUUCAUUUCCCACGUGACCCGCCGUCCACCAAGGCGGAGUGUCCUCAGGAGUGGUGAGUGCCAGAAGGAGGUUCAGGGUCAUCAGGCCAUUGGGAUAUUUUGAAACUUGAAUGUUUUGUCUUGUACAGAGAUCAGGAACUUUUCCAAGUACCCUCAUACACAGAAACCUGUUCUUGUUGGGUCUGUCCUUCCAGCGAGGGAACUCCCUCGGGGACUGGUCUCUCUCUCUCUGUCUUUGGCCCUUCAAGGGCCUGUGGUUCACGGCGCUGGUCACGCAGCUGCCCCCCUGUCCCCUCCAUGACCUUGACCUCCACAAAUGGGAACACAGAGCGGUUUGGGAGCAACAUCUUGGAGAUGCAACUUGAAGACAAGGCUCAUCCGUUCCGGGCAAGGCACCAGACAGAAAAUGAAGUGGACAAAGCGCAGAUGUUCUUCAGCUGUUUCCUAUACCCUUUCUUUCUUUUCCUCUACUCUGCUGCAGGCUGGAAGACAGGAAGAUGGUUGCCUACAGCAACUAUUUUUAAUAGAAAAAUCAAAUGCUUAUUUUUCUUACUAAUUUUUUUUUUUAUUUAUUCCUUGCUAAGGAAGUGGUCUCCUGAGGUCUUAUGAUGUUUCUGAUUGUGUCUUGGGGCGGAGGGGCUGUGGCCAUUCUGCUGUGGAAUUUCAUGAGAGCACCUACCGGAAGCCCCUGGCCCCAGCCGCCUCAGUGACACAGUGUGAGGUGUUGUAUUAAAUAAAUUUGAUCUUUACUCUUCACAGACCUGUGAAAUGUCAUCUUC